CGCGGCCCGUUCCCUCCUGCCUCCGCCUCCGCCGCCCAACAAUAGCAGGCCCCGAGUCGGGCCGCGUCGGGCGGGAGGAUGGCCAGGCGCCGCCGGGGCCUCCAUCGCAGAGACGGGAGCGCGCUCGACCCCCGGGCCUCCCGCCCCGCCGGGCUGGCCAGGCGGCCGAGACGGUAUCAACUGGGAUAAAGAAUUCCGAAGGCUUGUUGAAAGAGGAACAUCUUUGGCAGGUGCCAAAAAAACAAUAGAAAAGGCAACUGUCUGAUAUGCAGUGGGAGUGAGUUCCGCAGGGUAGGAGCGACUAAGGAAGGCCUGGAGAUCCAGUCAUCCACAGCGUCUACCUCUGGGUCCUUUGAGAAAGGAUUUGCUGGCGCUCCUCUGUCUGUGGCAAGGAGCAUGAUUAUUGGCACUUCAGCAGUCUGCUGCCCCUGGGGAGAGAGGUCUCUGCCUUUUCUGUCCAAAGGAAAUGAUGUCUGAAGCCAAGCUACAGGGAGAGAUGAAGCCAGAAGGAGGCAGCAGUGAGCCCAUGACAACCCAGGAGCUGCUUCAGAGGCUCCGGGAGCUGGAGGCAGAGAAUUCGGCUUUGGCACAAGCCAAUGAGAACCAGCGAGAGACGUACGAACGCUGCCUUGAUGAGGUAGCAAAUCAUGUUGUGCAGGCGCUGUUAAACCAAAAGGACCUUCGUGAAGAAUGCAUCAAGCUGAAAAAGCGCGUCUUUGACCUUGAGCGACAAAACCAGGCCCUGAGUGAUCUCUUCCACCAGAAGCUGACCUCUGUCUCUCUCUCCCAGCUCCCAGCCCAUCCUGCUUCCUUGCUCUCGGAUCCAUUGUCCAUCUCCCAGCCAGGCACGGUGGAGAAGCUCCCCGCUUCAUUACCUUUGGGACACUGCAUCUUGCAGAGAGAGGUCAUUUCUGAGGAGCAGUGUGCUGGCACUCCAGGGCCCAACCCCCAGUCCUUGGAAGCCCUGUCCCCGUUCCUGCGCAAGAAGGCCCAGAUCCUGGAGGUGCUUCGCUCGCUGGAGGAGAUGGACCCCCUGCUCGCCUUCCCCUCCCCUUGGAGAGAGCCUGGGCAGGGGGGCUCUCCAGAAGGGGUGACGGCCGAAGCCUGGCCCUGCCUGCUGCUGUCGCAGGGGGAAGGGGUCUCUAGGCAGCCCCCUCCGAAAGGAGAGGGCAGCUCCUCCUCCUCCUCGGACGAGGCCGGCGAAGGCGACCCCCCAGAGAAAGGACACCCCGGGCAGGUGCUGCUGAGCGCUCUGGCCGAGCACAAGCUGGACUUGGGCGACAUGGAGACUUACCUGCACCAGGUCCUGAGGGAGGCAGGCGACAGCGCUCUGCUCAAUGGGGAGCCCAAUGGGCCUGGCUUGGUGGAAGCCCCAGAGGGGCAGCUGGGCAGCUACAAGCACAUCCAGGCGGUCAGUUGCCUGGAGGCCUUGGGGCCGCCCUCGGCUUGCAGGGAGCCGACUUACCUUGGGGUCUUGGCACCAAGCGAGGGCAAGGACAAGUCCCGCCCAGGCCCGCCCAUCCCCUCCCCCUCCAAGGUGCUCAAGUUGCUCAAGAUGCCGCCCCCGCCCAGCCCUGCUGCCCUCCGCCUCAGCCCCCAGCUGACCCGCAGCUCCAAAAUCCCUUGUCGCAGCAACACCUACGAGGUGUACCACUCCCCGACGCCCAGCCGCAAGGGCUCCCCGGACAGUCCCUUUCCCAGCGACUCCAGCAUUGCUGGGGGACACCCCUCUCCCAAGGCUGCCCGGCACCUUGUUCCGGUGCCCCCCAAAGUCACGCCAACCUCUCCUGACCCCUUUGGCUACCACAAGCCCCACGAGUACGAGAAUGUCUUAGAGCUGUCCCUCAGCAGCGCCAUCAGUCCUCAUGCCCACUCCCCCCGAGAUGCCAAGCUGGAUGUCCCCGAAGCACUCCCACCCGUGUGCCGUUCGGCACCCCUCCGUGCCGUGCCGCCCAGCGACGUCUCGCUUGAGCCCUGCCCCUUUGCCGGGGGCCGGGAAAAGCCGGGCCCUGAGAGCAGGCACUCUCCGCCACUCGCUCGCCGAGCCUCUGAAGGCUCCAAGAAGGUGGCAAACGGGCCCAGCAAGCGGGCGCCUGAGGCAGCCAACAUGCCCUUCAAAGAGCGGCUUACUGUGCUCGGGAGGCUGAAGGGAGCGGAGGGCAAGGAGGCGCCAGGCUUUGAGAAAGGGAGGGCCCCGGCCCGGCUCUGUGAGCGCACCGAGGGCUUUGGCGAGGCUCACCCCAGGCUGGGCACCGGAAGCAGCAGCCUCAAGCACCACGAGCCUUGCCAUGGCGGCGAACCGGCCCCUCGGUGCUACUCCUCCCACUCGGUCGGCUCCCGUGGCAGUGACCCCGAACACCACGUCUCCAAGAGCCGCUUGCUAGGAACCCCGGGUGCAAGGAACCCUCCCAAGCCCCCACCACCAGGGAAGAACACCAAGAGUCCUCAUGGGAGCCCGACCAAGUUGCCGUCCAAAUCCCCAACCAAGGCCUCCGCCCCGGAGCCCAAGCCGUGCCAGGCACCGGCCAAGACGCCCACCAGCGUCGGGCGCAAGAACCCGCCUUGCCUGGACUCGGUCAAGGGCAGCAAAGCUGGACCUCCAGCCAGCAUUGAGGAGAAGGUGAUGAAAGGUAUUGAGGAGAACGUUUUGCGCAGGCACAAAGGAGGGGCGGCAGCAGGUGAGGCGAAGCAGAAGAACUCAAGCGGCCUCGCCAGCUGGUUUGGCCUGCGCAAGAGCAAGCUCCCUGCCCUCAGCCGCAGGCCUGAGGCCCCCAAAGUCAAGGAGGGCAAGAUGGUCUCUCGCAGGCUGGAGGCUGAGAGCCUAAACAUUUCCAAACUCAUGGAGAAGGCGGAGGACCUGCGCAAAGCCCUAGAGGAAGAGAAGGCCUACAUCAACGGGUUGGCCUUGGACAAGCCCCGGCCCCACGCCUGCGACACCGGCCACAGUCAGCUGACGCUGAUGUAUCAGGAGGUGACUGCCGAGAACUUCAUGCAGCAGCUGCUCAAUAGGGUGGAUGGCAAAGAGGCGCCCUUUGAGACUCACCUGGAGCAGAAGAACGAGCUGCAGGGCCUGCAGAGAGGCCUGCAUGAUGCCAAAGAUGCCCGCCUCAUCCGGCCUCCACGCAAUGGCAUCGUUGGCCACCUCCAUGCCUGCCAGGAAGCCCCUGCCAAGCUUCGUGAUGCAACUUUGCAAGAGGAGAUCCCGUCCGAUGACAGCCUGGCUGAGUCCGUGACCUCCCAGCACUUUGCAGUGUGCAGCUCCCUGACUCGGACUCUGGACAGUGGCAUCGGCACCUUUCCGCCGCCAGACUACUGCAUCGGGAUGCCCUGCAAGAGCGUGCCUAAACCAAGGCCCCGACCCGACCCUCCGUCUGCCGGCCCUUUCCCGGCCAGGGGCCCUCCACCCGUCACCCGGGUUCCCCGCAAGGCCCGGACGCUGGAGAGGGAGGUGCCCAGCGCAGAGGACCUGCUGGGCCCCAGCAAGCACCAAAGCAUGCCAGCUUUCCACGGCGUCUUAGCCAGUGCUGAGCCACCCCCCAGGCACCGGGAUCGCAGGGAUCGCUGCCCAGGAGACCUCUGCAAUGAACCCAGCAAGCCACGGCAUGCCCAGCAGAGCAAGAACUGGACUUUCCCCAAUGCCAAAGCAUCCGCUGGCACCGACCCCUUCCUCUGCUCCCCUCACAGCCUGGAGGGCCUUCAUGGUUCUGCAAUGGGCUCUGCUUGCAGCGUUGUCGAGAGGAGAAGGGCCUCGUCGGACGGGCCUCAGGCCUCGCCGGCCUUCAGCACCAGCAGCAGCCGCACCCCCAGCGCAUCCGACGUGGGCGAGGAGGGCAGCACGGAGGCCCGUUCCAGGGAUAUGGGCCCAGAAGGGCAGCCGGGCCUGGAGAACUCCGAGUCCCUGAGCGACUCUCUUUAUGACAGCUUGUCCUCCUGCGGCAGCCAGGGUUGAGGUGGGAGGGGGCGGAGCGGGGCACAGGUUUCUCGACGUGACACCGCCACGUGCCGCUUUGGAGGGCCACACGCUUGCCCAUGGGAACCUGCUUGAUUCUCCCAAACCAAAUCUUGGCCCUGCACCAGAGCACGGCGAUGCGUCUUCCACACCCAGCGCCCCCCACCUGCCCCUCUCCCCAAAAGAAGGAAAUGGGACCGUGAAAACCAUGACACCAGGAGGCUUCUCUGCCCAAGAGAAGAAAGGGGUCGAAGGAGGUAAUGGAGCGUGGGGGUCAUGCACAUGGACUCUUGCUGAACGCCAUUAGGCCCGCUUAGCUUAUGGGGGGUGGGGGUUCGGGGUCCUGCGCAUCUAAAAUGGCGACCCUUUGGUUGAAGCACGGGAGAUGGGGGUGGGAUCUGUCUUAUUUUGCUUGAACCCUUGGCCGCUUUAUUUGGCGCAUAAAUUCACUGUGAGAGGCGUUGGAUCCAAGGUACGCUAGAAAAAUCUGGCCUGGAGUUGAGGUUUUCUGAGUAGAGUUGCGUUUGCCAACCUGGUUCCCUCUAGGCGCUUUGGACUACACCUCCCAUCAUCCCUUCCCUGUGGCUGGAGUUGGUGGGCGUUGUGGUUCAAAGCGUCUGGCAGGCCCCCAGGUUGGCAAAGACUGGAGCAGAGGGUGUUCUCUUGAAAGGGUAGGUCAUUGCAAGGGUGUGGGCUGCCUGUCCAGAGCGUGCACCAGUGCAAUAUCCUCACCCCCUUGGCCCCCAUUUUGCAGGUGAAGGUUGCUGAGCGAUGGCGCUGCCUGAGCCUCUUAAGCGCCCCUCUUUGCCUCUAAGAAGCUGCCCCUUUUACCUCAUUGGCUGAGCGUAUUUCCUUCUCUGCCUUUCAUCACUUGGAGAGCAUUUGCAACUUUGCCAAAUCCAGUAUUUCUCACCACCCAGGAAGAGGCACAGGGCUCCUCACUCAGUUAGAUGUGACUGCUGGAGUGUACCGAACAAGAUUAUUUGAGUGGGGGGUGGGUGGGUGGGGGGUGGGAGUGAGCGCAGGGAUUGGCAGGGUAGUGCUUCUACCUCCCUCUCUUUCAUGAAGUAGCUCCCACAGCCCUUCUUCCCCACAGGAACCAACUGGGCAGGACGCGUCUUAUCCAGAACCUCACAUGCCUGGGACUUAACACUUCUGUGGGUUUCGGGAAUGGCCAGCUGGGUUCCUCACUCCCCAUCCCUUCCUUGUAUUCCCCAAUUUAAAUGUUAAGUUUCUAAUGUUGCUGUUUUAGUUUCCACACGUUCAGGCCCCCUCUUCUCUCCUUUCCCUGUUUCUAAAGGAGCCCCACGUGGUUCCCCAGAUGGUGCUAUUUUGCUGUGUACAGGCCCCUUUCCUUACGAGUCUUCCUUAUUAUGUUGUCCUUUAAAAAAAAAAAAAAGAAUUUGGUUUUUUAAAAAAACAACAAAACAUUAAGAUGUCUUUUGCUCCUCUACUAAUUUAUAUAAGUUAUUAUGAAAUGAGGCUGUUUAUUGUCUUUUGAUCUCCCAGGAAAUAAAGGGGUAAAAAAAUG